AUGAGAGGACGCCGUUUCUUUAUUUGUAGCCUCUGUUUGGUCAGCCUGGUGCUUGUUGCCGAGUUCCCCGGUGACGCUGGCAUCCCCGGGGAGGAUGCGCAGCCGUCGUGGGGGUGGUGCGUGCGGCACAUGGACCAGUAUGUGCACCCGGUGAACAUCUCCGAGUUUUGCUGGCGGGAAAACCCUUGCGGGUUUCGCGCGAUGGAUGUCAAGGAGCUGCAGCAAGAGGUCUUCUUUAGCAAGCCGAGGAGCCAUUUUUUUUUGUCGGUGACAGCAUUGCCUACAGGAAUUUUGUGUAUGCCGUGA